UUUUGGGCUAAGUUAGGUUAUAGUGGUUAUAGCAACAGUAAUAAAUUAAAAACUUUUCUGCGGUUUUACUUUUUAACCAUAUUGCAAAUACUUUUUUCCAUGAUGAAGUUUUUUAUUUGUCAAAAUUGUGAGGAAAUUAUGACGGUCACAAAAUAAAUACUAAAAUUAUUGUCUAUAUCAAAACUAACCUCUUUUAGUAGGUGUAGCUUAUGGUGAUCUGCAUGAAUUUGAAUAGUGAUGAUUGUUAAUCUUUGAUGGUAUAGAUAUAUCGAAGUCAAAACUUCAAUUAUGGAUGACAAAGGAAGGUCGCUUGAGCAUCUGGCACAACAAGUAAAGAGGAUUGCUCUUGUUGAAGUACAAAAAUGUUUUCUUGCUGGAAAAAUAGAUCUUGGAGCAAACCUUAUGUCACAAUGGGAGCAGUAUCUUGAGCUUUCAAAGAUCGAACCUGUAGAUAUUCAAGGCCAUGAAACUUUAUCUGUUACUCUAAAACGUUUGAGUAAACGACUGCGGGCAUUGCAGAAUGUUUUGAACGGCCUCCCAAAACAGCAAUGCGUCAGCGAACUUCAAGAGAAAGCAAACACUUUGGAGGAAAGGUUUGCCUCAACUAAAGUGGGUGUAGGAGGAGAAACGUUUGAAUGGGUUGACAGUGUUUUAGUAAAGUCGAUGGUCAUGUUCUUCCUGUGUUCUACCGACCACAAGUAUAUCAUCUGCUUGGUUUACUACCCCAUCCAGUCCAUCCAAAACUUGGUAUAUCCUCUUCUGUGUCUACGUGAAGGCUGUUGGCUGGCAGUGGAUAAUGUUAACCUAUGCAGCUCCGCAGUCCUGGACCGUCUCAACGGACUGCUGGAGCCCGGGGGCGAGCUGGUGGUGGGGGAGAGGGGAGUGGACGCUGACGGACGGCUUGUCACUAUCAAACCUCACCCUGACUUUCGGCUCUUUCUGAUCAUGAAUCCUAACCAUGGCGAAAUAUCCAGAGCUAUGAGAAACAGAGGUGUUGAGAUUUGUCUUCUUGGACCAGAGGAGAACAAAAUGCAGUUUAUGGAUCUUCAAGCUAUCCUGAGUCGCAUGGGAAUCUUUCACUACAACCGCCAAAAAGCAUUGAUGAACAUCCAUGAACAAGUGAAAAAUGUAUCCAUUGGAGUGGAAAGUGUGACGCUCAAUCAUCUGUUACAAGUGGCGUCGUUAACUCAGCAACAAGUGUUGAGAGGGCAGAGUUUUUACGAGGCCUUACGAUUGGCUUGUGGCGAUGUUUACGUACAGGGACGCCAACUGACCUUUGAUCACCGGCAGAGGUGCACCUCUUUACUUGAUGAAAUAAUUGAUUCACAAAAGCCAAUUUUGGAAUUGAAAUCAGAUGUCAGAGACGUCCUGGAUGUUCGUACAUCAACAUUAACAACACUUGACCUUCAAGAAAACUCUUCAUUUGCGCUGCUACAGCAGAGAUGUGCUUUGUUGUCUUCUGCCCUACGACUCUCAGCAACUUCUGAAAAUCAUAGUCUGAAAGAUUUGCUGAAAGACGACCUUGAAAAAGCCAAAUUAAGUGAACAAUUUUUUGACAAAGACAUGAAAAAUCUCCUUCCACAAAUACUUGUCACGUCGCUAUGCUGUUUAUCAGAAAACCAUUUGAGUACGAAACGUAGUUAUAUUCUAACGAAAGUAAUGUCUUGUAAAGAUACUGACGUUAGGAACAAACUUUCUGAGCUGGAAAAGUUUUUGACAUCAACAGUUCUUCAGGCUAUCAAAAAGGAAAAAUUUAACAGCAUAGAAGGAGUGAAUCGUAAGGAUUUGUGUUGGGAUUUACGGAGAGUUUCAUCUUGGUUGUUAGACCAUGAGAAGUUUGAUAGUGAGAAUAAAACGAUUGCACUGCUCUACUAUUUCAAACAAUAUUUACAAGUCGGGGUGAAACUUGGAGAAGUGGAUAACAAGAGUGUAAAAAAAAUGUCUGCGUUGGAUUUUUCCACAUCGUAUAACAAAGGCCAAGUGACCAUAGCCAGUGUACGAUCGCAAGUCAUUCUGGAGCUGAGUCUGUUCCUGGAGUCUCUGGAAGACCAGGUGCACCAACUGUUGGAUAGCAGAGGUUGGCAACUAGAUGAGACUCAGUGUUGCCAACUGAUCUCUGCCUUCCACUGGGGUCACCGGCUGGCGCAGGUCGCCCGACGUAAGCUCUUUGUCAGCCGCAGCCGUGAGAUGGAAGUAGAGAAGGAACUACUGAUGUUGCUCAGUCUACACGUACACUGGGUCAAGAAGUACUUGCUUCCUAGACUCCCACUAGAUAUGUUGAAGAGAGGUGAGAUGAUGUGGACACUUUGUUCUUCUUCCUCGCUCAGUCAGCCUGUCCGCAGUCUGAGUCGCAGAGUGAGGGUGCUGAAGGGUCAGCCUCUACCUCUGAGUAAUCGUCUGCAAGGCAAGGUGUUGGAGACAGUUCAUAGAUUAGAGAACAUGAUCGAUUUAACAUUCCCUGACGAACACAAUAAAGACUUAGUUCUCAGGAGGGUUGAAUUUUUGCUGUCACCUGAAGGAAAAUACACAAGGUUGAAACUAGCACAGCUGAUUGAAUCUAUUGGACAAACUGACGGCUUAGAGAAUGUGUUGGAAGAGUUGGGAAUUUUGGAGGCCACACUUGUCAAAUCCAAGCUCAACCGGAACUCAUCAGAACGUAUGGGAGAGUCGGAACUGUUAAAGAAUUCAACAUGGGAGGUGUCUCUGUGGCCUAUCAGAGCGGCUGUGUGUCUCUAUCUAAUGGCUGCAGUUGGCAACAAUGAGACAGACCAGCUGACUGACGCUCUGCACAGCUGGUUGAAGAGUGUUCCUCUGUUCUUACCAUCACUACUCGCUAGAUCUCCUCAGCCAAAACAACUCUCCCUGCCAGCGACUGCUCGACUGUGGCUAACUUGGGAUCAGGUUUUGCAGUCCGAAAACUUAAAUUCUGAGUCUGAUGAAAUUACUUUGUCGAAAAAGGAGACGUACCCGCUACAUUGUCCGGUGCUGUCGUUGUUCAUCACUGCUUUACUUUAUCCUGGAUGUCACGACAGUUCCGAUCAUAGUCUAGCAGUUCCGCCACUACGCAGCUACAAACAACAUGCCAGAAUGUUGGCAACACUGGCUGAGGUUGUGUGGAACUACAUUCCAAGUCUAGCUUCAACCUCCCUAGAUUACAGAAAAAAUGAAACAGAAACUGUUAUCAAACUGUAUGAGUCAUUUUUACAAAAAACUGAAGCCGCUGUCGAUUUGAAACACAACAAAAUAGGGCUGCUACCACAUGAAAGAAACUUCCUGGUGCUUUUAAAGGAUAUUUUGAAAUUCAAAACGAUUAAAGAAGACAUAAAGUGUUUAGGGCUGGGAACUGAAGCAGAAUCAUUAUUGUUUGACCUUUCAAGAUAUUUGCAAUCGUUUGAGCAAAUUUUGGACAAAAUGGUGUCAAGUGGUUGUGCUGAUGGGAACGCUGAAGGACUGUUGCUGACGGGUCAAGCCUGGGCCAUUCUGGGACUGAUGGAGUUUACUCUCUUCUCUCACCAGGAUCAGGUUGAUCCUGUGCAAAGGAAGGCGCUGAAACUCAAAUACAUAGAGGAUGAGAUAGAUGAGCUGGAGUCUAUAUUGGCUGUGGAGGAAGCACAAGCACUGAUCAUUGGAGCUCGUCAUUUCCCUCUCCAGGUCCCCUUCACUCAGAGGCUGUCUACGGUACGAGACCAGGAGUUACGACUGAGGAAGUACGUUGCUGAACGACCCGAGCCUAACGUCUACACCAACUUGUACAGUGAGAUUCAGCAGCUGAUGGUGUUGCUGGUGAGAGGAGGCAGUAGUCACCGUGUAGAGGCUACAGUAGCCUCACUACAGGCUUGUGUGUGUGAAGCUAAUAGCAAGACUAUACAGGAGGCAGUGGCUCGCGCUGAAUCACUUCUCACCUCACUACAUAUGUCCGUGGAUACACUAUCCAAGAGAUACGGGAUUUGGUAUCCGGACGUUGUCGUACCUGUGGUAUCCGCUAUAUCUCAGAUAAGCCAUGGCCUGUCCCUGAUGGUGGGAGCAGUGAAGAAGUUUGUCGCCAACCAGCCUAUACCUGUAGAGCCACUGAUGAAGGUUUUGGUGCGUUUCCCCCUACCUGACUGUGCUGCAGCCCUACGUCUAGUGGACAUGUGUACAGACGUUCGUACUCUAGAAGUUAUAGUUGCUGCUGUAACACCUAAACUGAAGGAGGGAGAAACUGUGUCCAAUGAAACAUUCAGACUGGCCAAGUGUAGUCUAGAGGAGGUGAUGAACAUGGUGAGUGUGAGAGGCAGUCUCGCCAGAGAUGAGAUCAGCUGUGUUGGAGUCAUCCUGGACCACCUGGUUGCAGCCUGGAGAAAACAGCAGCAGGAGAAGGAGCUCAAAGAACAACAGGAGGGCAAGUUCUUCAUCAACAAACCAAGAAAACCUGAAAACUUGACGGAAGAAGAGGAAGACGCUAUCGAAAUGAGAAAAUUAUUCCCAUCAUACAGAGACAAAGACUUUGCAGACCUAGAACCACCAAGUUUGGAGCAGAAGAAACCCGCCGAGUCAGACGACACUGAUUUAGACUCAAACCUCAAACUUAGUCUGGAAAACAUCCUAGACAUCCACAGAAUCCAUUCAGCAAUUGUGACAAAACACACACGCACACAUUGGGCCACUCCUGUAGAGCCGGAACAACCAAACUUUACCUCUUCUUUUAUGGAGAGAUUGACUCUGUUCUCUGUGUUGUUGAACGCACAGUACGCAGGGUGUGACAAUAGCCUUGACCCUGAACUAGCUCCUGCGAUGAGUCUCGGCAUAUACUUGGCGGCCAAUCAUGGCUCUGUUGUCAGUUGUUCGAGGAGACAUUAUGACUUUUACCACGAUGCAAAUAUCAACGAAGUCAAACUGUGUAUUCCCAUUCUUGAGUCACUGAAAAGAAGAGUGAAGGAGCUGCUUGGUGAAUGGCCGGAUCAUCCGACACUGAAUCAGAUUAUGAUGGUGAUUGGAAGAGUUGAAUCGUUCCCUUCACACAGCCCCGUAUCUAGGUUCCUCGUUGGUCUGGAGCUGCUACUGACCAAGUUGAAGGAAUGGGAGGAGAACGCUCAUGCCGGAGUCACUUUAGCACCUCACGCACAUGUUGUUACUAGGCAAAUAUUAGAUUGGAGGAAGCUUGAGCUGUCUCAGUGGAAAGGCUGUUUUGAAUCUGCUAGAAUGAGGUUGUGUGACGGAGUGGUCACCAAGUGGUGGUUCCACUUGUACAGUCUGGUCCAGGAGUCAGACGACGCUGGUCAGCUGGCACCUGUACUGGAGCAGUUUAUGGAGACCAGCUGUUUGGGCGAGUAUCAGACAAGACUAGACCUGCUCUUCACGUUUCACUUCCACUGCUUCAAUAAUGGACAAAAGUUGCAGGCCAACAUAUUUUGGAACGUCCACCAGUAUUACGCUCAAUUCAACCGGGUGAUACAACGCCGAAUUAAAGACCUCAGUCAACCUGUGGAGAAAAAACUGAAAGAUUUUGUUAAAAUUGCGAGGUGGAAUGAUAUCAACUAUUGGGCAGUCAAAGAGACGGUGGACAAGACUCAUCGCACUCUCUUCAAGUACAUACGAGAAUAUGAGGCUGUUCUGAAGCAACCAGCCACCUCGGCAAUGACAAGGCUAGAUCCAGUGUCAGGCCAAGGCAAAGUUGUGACUGUCAACGCUUCAUUGUACGUGGCUCCUGUACUUGCGAUAGAGAAUGCAUCACCAGACAGCGAAGAAGUGAACUCAAAUGAUGCGAUAGAAAAGGAACGUUCUCUGUUUUCUCGAGCUCGUAAGCUGUGUCGGGACAGUGUAGCCAACUGUCCUCUUCCUAGAAAUAUCUCAGCUUUGCAACAAGUGGUGGAACUGCUGCAGGAAGUUGGUCAGCUGCUCAACACAAAAGAUGUGGAUCGUACACUCAGCAAGGAACGGCAACGCUCGGCAGCGCGUAGUGUGUUGCACCGUAAACGAGCGUCACUCACAGACGUGUUCCACAAAUUGGCAGACCUAGGACUGAGCUACAGGACAGGACUAGUCGUCGGGUCCAAGUCUCUGGUAGACACAUUCACUCAACAUCAACCACUCAACGUGAUGGCUGGACUUGCUCAGAUUGACUCUAGAUCUGCUGACAAGGAGUUGGCCGCGGCGUGGCGAGGUUGUGACGAGCAUUUCCUUCACUCUGUCGCAUACCUGUCCCAGUUGAGGGCAGCACUGGCCAAACCUCACAAGGAUCUCGGACCUGCUAUUGUUGACAGAUGUAAAGGAUUCACCAACCAUCUGAUGGGUAUGUGUCACGAUCAGAAAAAGAACAUAUGCGAGUCAGUGACAAGUUUGUUUGUACUUCGAUGUCUGAUUCAGGAGCUCAACUUUAUUAAGACAAACUCUAAGGAUGUAUACAUCUCUGACCUUGACAAACUAAAGGAUGACAUGGUUUCUUUGUUGGAAGAUAUAAUCUUUUGCGCACUCCAGUUUCAUUUACUAAUAGAAACCUGUCCAGAAGCUCAAGAUGUGAUUGUCAUAGACGAAACAGUAACAACUGUCAUUCCUGACUGUGUUGAAACCAUUGUCUUCAAAGGAGAUGAACACUGGAGCAGAGUCAAGACUAAGUUGACAUCUAUCACCAAGUCUGCCAGAAAGUGUAAAUCGCUAAUUGAAGAAAAAGGGAAGUACACGUUGUUUUUGAAAAACUUCCAAAAGACUUGUGAGAGCGAAGAUUUUGAGGUUGUUUCUUGCUUUGAAGAUUUGAACACACUGCAAACCGGCUGUGCGAAUCUCAUUGAUAUAAAGAAAGAUUUGAAUGGUAUCAUAGAAGUAUUCAGGAUGAGAAACGCAAACGACAUCAAUCCGGUCGUACGUUGUUGGAUUGAUGUGCAACAAAAGAUUGAUAAGUAUUUGGAAUGGUUCAAUCAUCAACUUGCUGAAACAGAAAAACCGAAGAGUACUGGAAGUGAAAUCACACAAGAUGGGAGGACGGUUCAAACUUUGUUGAACAAAGUUUUGUAUUCGAUUCAAGAGUAUUACAAAAGCGUUGUUCAGAAACCUGAAAAUAGUGAGCAAACAUCGGAGAAGCAGGAAAGUGAAGAUGAAGACAAACUUUACGAGAACCACUUGAAGGAGACUAUUUUAAAUGUUUUGAAAAAAGAACAGGAUAUUUUGAAGCUAUCAGAAAUUACCAGAGAUGUGCAAAGACUUCAUGUUCAGUGCAUAGGAGAUGGCCCAAGCAGAUGGAGAUUGAAGCAGUGUGUACCAUUGUUGCAACAGUACAGUUUACUGGCACAGUUUGUCAUUACUCAACAAAUAUCAGCUCUCCACUCAUCUGCUCAACUGUGUUCUUCACUUCUUACACUGUUCGUUGAUCUCGCAAUCAAGGGUUUCCGAAUUCCGGAGGAGCUGUUGGAAGAGGAGGAUGGUGAAGGAACGGAGACAACGAAGGGAGGGAUGGGUCUGGGAGAGGGGGAGGGACAGAAGGAUGUAUCAGAGGAGAUUGAGAGUCAGGAUCAGCUGGAGGAUGCCAAAAAACCAGGAGAGCACGAGCAGGAGGAGGAGAAAGACUGCAAGGAAGAAGAAAAAGGAAUUGAGAUGUCUGACGACUUUGGUGGAAAAUUACAAGAUGUCGAAAGGAAAGAAGAUGAAGAUGGUAGUGGGGAAGAUAGUGAUGAAGAAGAACCAGAUAAAGAAAUGGGAGAUACUGAUAAAGGAGCUGAAACUUUGGAUCAGCAGAUUUGGGGUGGAAGUGAUUUGGAAGAUGAAGAAGAGGAAAGCGAAGAAUUGGAGGAAGAGCAAGGGGAUCGGGGUGAACAGACAGGAGAGAAGCAGAUGGGGGCGAAAGAUGACGAGAAAACACCUCAAGGUGGAGACAAUGAUGAGGAUAGUGGGGAACAGAAGAAUGACAAACAAAAAGAGAUAAAUGAGAUGGAAGAACCUGAGGUGGACGAUGAUCAGAUAGAUCCUUACCAUGGAAAUAACCAGCCUCCGCCUGAGCCAGAACCCUUGGAUCUGCCAGACGACCUUCAGCUGGAUGAUGGGGAGGGAAAGGACAAAGAAGAUGAAGGAGAGGAAGAUAACCCAUUUGAUAUUGACGCUAUGAAAGAGCCCAAACUUCCAGAAGACAAAGAAGGAGAUGAGGAAACUGAAGAAACCGAGAAGGAUCCAGAGAAAGACAAACAACCUGAGGAAGACAGUAGUGAUGAAGAGGAGGAAGGAGGAGGGGGAGAAAGUCAGGAAGUGGAGGCAAUGGAUGUCGAUGAACAGGAGAAUAAAGAGGAUCAAAAGGGUGAUGAAGAUGGUGGUUCCAAAGAUGAGAAUAAAACAGGCGAGGAGCCAAAAAUUGAUGAAGAAGAGAAGAAAGAAGAAGAAGAAGCCAAGCCCUCGGAAGAUCUUCCAGCUUCUGAAGCGGUUCCAAGUGCUCAGCAGCAGACUGGCUCUAAAGACCAGGUAAAACAAGCCGAGACGAGUGAGAAAUCAAAGGAGUUGAACCCAGAGGAAAGUGCAGCAGAAGGCCCAGAAGAGCAAGGCGUUGGAGCUGCACAACAAGACCAGCGGGAGGCGGAGGCGGGGGGGAGAGGGGAGAGCUCUCAGGCCGUCCCCUCCUCUACACAACAAACACGGGAGGAGAAGAGAGAGAGACCUGGGGAGAGUGAAGAGCAAAGAACUUUGGGUGAUGUACAAGAGCCGUUGAAAAAGAAAUUGAAGACCAUCAACAUGGAAAGGCAGAACGAGACGACAGACCAGAGAACAGAAGAAGAAGGUAUUAAAGAGGAUGAAUCGGCUGAGAUGUAUCAGCAUAUAAAGGAAGCUAAACGGAAUCAGUAUGAUGCUCAGACUAUGGAUGCAGCAACAGAGGAACAAGCAGCUGAACAGAAGCUACCAAACAAAGAGGAUGAAGAGGCUGAACCUCUGCAAGAUGAUAAGGACAUGACCUUGGAUCAAGACGAGCCAGCAGACACUGAUCAAGUGACGAGUGUCAACCCGGAGAAGUUGAGGGAGGCCAAUGACCAGAAGCAGGAUGGUGUUCAGCAGCCGGCCGCUGACGGGGAGAGAGUGGAGGGGGAGGCCAAGAUGGAGGUGGAGGGGGAAGUGGUGGAGACGGAGACUGUACAGAGAGGAGCGGACAGCUGGUAUCACACAAACAUGAGUGAGGAAACAGACCUGGGCAUAGCAGAGGUGGACAUAGACGGCAUCCGACGUGAGCUGGAGCAACAACUGGCCUCUUGGAGUCAGCCGCCUGCUGCGGGAGAGGCAGUGGUCGCGUGGGAGCGACUGUGUGGUGUGACGGCUGACCUGUCGCGCGAGCUGAGCGAACAACUGCGGUUGGUGUUGGAGCCAACUCACGCCUCUCGGCUACAGGGAGAUUACCGUACUGGGCGUAGGAUCAACAUGCGAAAGGUGAUACCCUACAUUGCUAGUCAGUUCCGCAAGGAUAAGAUCUGGUUGAGGAGGUCAAAGCCUGCCAAGAGAGAGUACCAGAUUGUCCUGGCUAUUGACGAUUCUUCCAGCAUGGCUGACAACCACUCUAAAGAGUUGGCGUUUGAGUCGUUGGCUGUCGUCAGCAAAGCCCUCAGUCUCCUUGAGGCUGGACAGUUGGCAGUCCUGAGUUUUGGAGACACGCCUAAAGUCCUUCACCAGCUGGGCGACCCGUUCACAGAGCACUCUGGUGCCAGGUUGUUGCAACAGUUUUCGUUUGAACAGCAAAAGACUCAGGUUGGGGCUUUGGUCAACUUCGCUGUCAGUUUGUUUGAGAAGGUCCCGGCACGACGAGGUGUGACGGACAUUGCCCAGCUGUUGGUGAUAGUCUCUGACGGCCGAGGAGUGAUGAAUGACGGAGAAGAAGUUGUGAGACAAGCGGUCCGCAGGGCUAAGCACUCUGGAGUGUUCAUGGUGUUUGUCAUCGUAGAUAACCCACAAAGCAAGGACUCAAUUCUGGACAUAAGACUACCCAAGUUCAGCGGAGGAAAGCUGCUGGGUAUCGUACCAUACAUGGACAGUUUUCCGUUCCCAUUUUACCUUAUUUUACGAGACAUCAACAGUCUUCCCUCUGUAUUGAGUGAUGCUUUACGGCAGUGGUUUGAACUGGUCACAUCAACUUCGUAAAAUUUAAUAAGAAUUUUAGUUUUUUUUUACAAUAAAGUACAGUAAAAUAGUUCUAUACAUUUCUCAGGAGUUUUAAGCAAUCAUAUGUAAGUAUAUUGUUAACAAAGUUAAAUUUUAAAAACUUGUUAUGCACUUUUGUUGGAUGAAAUUUACUGAUAUUGUAACUGUAAAAAACGUGUAAU